AUGGUGUUUCUGAGGUCACCUCCCCAGCCACCCUGUUGCCCUCAGCCCAUACAGAUGGUGUUUCUGAGGUCACCUCCCCAGCCAGCCUGUUGUCCUCAGCCCAUACAGAUGGUGUUUCUGAAGUCACCUCCCCAGCCACCCCAUUGCCCUCAGCUCAUACAGAUGGUGUUUCUGAGGUCACCUCCCCAGCCACCCCAUUGCCCUCAGCCCAUACAGAUGGUGUUUCUGAAGUCACCUCCCCAGCCACCCCGUUGCCCUCAGCCCAUACAGAUGGUGUUUCUGAGGUCACCUCCCCAGCCACCCUGUUGUCCUCAGCCCAUACAGAUGGUGUUUCUGAAGUCACCUUCCCAGCAACCCCGUUGCCCUCAGCCCAUACAGAUGGUAUUUCUGAAGUCACCUUCCCAGCCACCCCGUUGCCCUCAGCCCAUACAGAUGGUGUUUCUGAAGUCACCUUCCCAGCCACCCCGUUGCCCUCAGCCCAUACAGAUGGUGUUUCUGAAGUCACCUUCCCAGCCAUCCCGUUGCCCUCAGCCCAUACAGAUGGUGUUUCUGAAGUCACCUUCCCAGCCACCCCGUUGCCCUCAGCCCAUACAGAUGGUGUUUCUGAAGUCACCUUCCCAGCCAUCCCGUUGUCCUCAGCCCAUACAGAUGGUGUUUCUGAAGUCACCUCCCCAGCCACCCCGUUGCCCUCAGCCCAUACAGAUGGUGUUUCUGAAGUCACCUUCCCAGCCACCCCGUUGUCCUCAGCCCAUACAGAUGGUGUUUCUUAAGUCACCUCCCCAGCCACCCCGUUGCCCUCAGCCCAUACAGAUGGUGUUUCUGAAGUCACCUCCCCAGCCACCCCGUUGCCCUCAGCCCAUACAGAUGGUGUUUCUGAAGUCACCUUCCCAGCCAUCCCGUUGUCCUCAGCCCAUACAGAUGGUGUUUCUGAAGUCACCUCCCCAGCCACCCCGUUGCCCUCAGCCCAUACAGAUGGUGUUUCUGAAGUCACCUUCCCAGCCACCCCGUUGUCCUCAGCCCAUACAGAUGGUGUUUCUGAAGUCACCUCCCCAGCCACCCCGUUGCCCUCAGCCCAUACAGAUGGUGUUUCUGAAGUCACCUCCCCAGCCACCCCGUUGCCCUCAGCCCAUACAGAUGGUGUUUCUGAAGUCACCUUCCCAGCCAUCCCGUUGCCCUCAGCCCAUACAGAUGGUGUUUCUGAAGUCACCUUCCCAGCCAUCCCGUUGCCCUCAGCCCAUACAGAUGGUGUUUCUGAAGUCACCUCCCCAGCCACCCCGUUGUCCUCAGCCCAUACAGAUGGUGUUUCUGAAGUCACCUUCCCAGCCAUCCCGUUGCCCUCAGCCCAUACAGAUGGUGUUUCUGAAGUCACCUUCCCAGCCAUCCCGUUGCCCUCAGCCCAUACAGAUGGUGUUUCUGAGGUCACCUCCCCAGCCACCCCGUUGCCCUCAGCCCAUACAGAUGGUGUUUCUGAAGUCACCUUCCCAGCCAUCCCGUUGCCCUCAGCCCAUACAGAUGGUGUUUCUGAGGUCACCUUCCCAGCCAUCCCGUUGCCCUCAGCCCAUACAGAUGGUGUUUCUGAAGUCACCUUCCCAGCCAUCCCGUUGCCCUCAGCCCAUACAGAUGGUGUUUCUGAGGUCACCUUCCCAGCCAUCCCGUUGCCCUCAGCCCAUACAGAUGGUGUUUCUGAAGUCACCUUCCCAGCCAUCCCGUUGCCCUCAGCCCAUACAGAUGGUGUUUCUGAGGUUACCUUCCCAGCCAUCCCGUUGCCCUCAGCCUAUACAGAUGGUGUUUCUGAAGUCACCUCCCCAGCCACCCCGUUGCCCUCAGCCCAUACAGAUGGUGUUUCUGAAGUCACCUCCCCAGCCAUCCCGUUGCCCUCAGCCCAUACAGAUGGUGUUUCUGAAGUCACCUCCCCAGCCACCCCGUUGCCCUCAGCCCAUACAGAUGGUGUUUCUGAAGUCACCUCCCCAGCCACCCCGUUGCCCUCAGCCCAUACAGAUGGUGUUUCUGAAGUCACCUUCCCAGCCAUCCCGUUGUACAAGCUUCUUGAAAGACAAAAUCAUUUCCUUACAAUCCUGGUAUUCCCUUACACCCAUUAUCAUCGAGACCCAUCCUACAGAGUAUAGAGUAUAG